GGCAGAUAUACCUUUUCGGCUAUUGAAGAAAGUUAGUGAAAAUAAAUAAAUAAUUUACUUUCAAAGGCAAUACUUUAUGGAUUAACAUAGUUUACACGAUAUAAAUUUUAAGGAGAAACAUGGUAUACGACAUGACCCAUUUGGUGCCAUCUCAUAGCAUCUCUCUAGGAAGCUACUACAUACCUGAAGAGCAUGCCGUGAUGCCAUGUGAAAAUGUACCACAGACGACCCCACAUACACCCCGUCGCCGAACAACUCCAAUUACGAAUUUGGAUCCAUCCGAGCUGGUAGGAUUAUCACGAGAAGAACGUCGUCGACGUCGUCGAGCGACUCUUAAAUAUCGGACAGCUCAUGCUACACGUGAGAGAAUUCGAGUUGAGGCUUUCAAUGUGUCAUUCGCUGAACUUCGAAAGUUGCUUCCAACUUUACCACCCGACAAGAAGCUCUCCAAAAUCGAGAUCCUCAAACUGGCGAUUUGUUACAUUGCCUAUUUAAAUCAUGUUCUUGAAACAUAAAACCAAAUUUACCUCAUACAACAAUAGUUCCAUAUUUUAAGUUUCAAAACCAACUA